GAUCAAUCAAAGUUUGCUGAAAUGGAUUUAAUUGUAUCUCACUUGGCUCAUCAUGCCGGCUGACUGCUUGGAAUUUUCUUGGAGGGACCUAAUUUGGUGGCCAAUGAAGGUUCUACUCCAUUUGGCCUCUGUGAGGAUCAGGACAGACUUAGCCCCGUCGGAUAUUUUGGAAUAUUUUCACUUUCAUGUCAGGAGACCCUAGAAAAAACUGGAGUCACUUUCAGACUGAACCAACCACAGCCAAGAGGAGGGUUAAAAAAGAAAAAGCAAGAAACCAGGCAUGGGUGGCAUUUAGUUAAACAGAGACAAGGACUCUUUUUGGAACUCCAAACUCCUACUUGAUCUGCCGACACCCCAGGCCAUCGAGCCCCAAGCCAUCGUGCAGCAGGCCCCAGCCCCCAGUCGAAUGCAGAUGCCGCAGGGGAACCCGCUGCUGCUGUCCCACACCCUGCAAGAGCUGCUGGCCAGGGACACCGUGCAGGUGGAGCUCAUUCCGGAGAAGAAGGGCCUCUUCCUGAAGCACGUGGAGUAUGAGGUUUCCAGCCAGCGCUUCAAGUCCUCGGUAUACAGACGGUACAACGACUUCGUGGUCUUCCAGGAGAUGCUCCUGCACAAGUUCCCCUACCGUAUGGUGCCUGCCCUGCCACCCAAGAGAAUGCUGGGAGCCGACAGGGAGUUCAUUGAGGCCAGGCGGAGAGCCCUGAAGCGCUUCGUCAACCUGGUGGCGCGGCAUCCCCUGUUCUCCGAGGAUGUGGUCCUCAAGCUCUUCCUGUCCUUCAGCGGCUCGGAUGUGCAGAACAAGUUAAAGGAGUCAGCACAGUGCGUUGGGGACGAAUUCAUGAACUGUAAGCUGGCUGCCAGGGCCAAGGACUUCCUCCCAGCUGACAUCCAGGCUCAGUUUGCCAUCAGCCGGGAGCUGAUCCGGAACAUCUACAACAGCUUUCACAAGCUUCGAGACAGGGCCGAGCGGAUUGCGUCGCGGGCCAUCGACAACGCGGCAGAUCUUCUCAUAUUCGGGAAGGAGCUAAGUGCAAUAGGAUCUGACACGACCCCGCUGCCCUCCUGGGCCGCUCUGAACAGCAGCACGUGGGGGUCCCUGAAGCAGGCUCUGAAAGGCCUGUCUGUGGAAUUCGCGCUGCUCGCCGACAAGGCCGCACAACAGGGUAAGCAGGAAGAGAACGACGUGGUGGAGAAGCUGAACCUCUUCUUGGAUCUGCUGCAGUCCUAUAAGGACCUGUGCGAGCGGCAUGAGAAGGGCGUGCUGCACAAGCACCAGCGGGCCCUGCACAAGUACAGCCUGAUGAAGAGGCAGAUGAUGAGCGCCGCCGUGCAGAACCGCGAGCCGGAGUCUGUGGAGCAGCUGGAGUCCCGCAUCGUGGAGCAGGAGAACGCGAUUCAGACAAUGGAGCUGCGGAACUACUUCUCCCUGUACUGCCUGCACCAGGAGACGCAGCUCAUCCAUGUCUACCUGCCCCUCACCUCCCACAUCCUCCGCGCCUUCGUCAACUCUCAGAUCCAAGGGCACAAGGAGAUGAGCAAGGUGUGGAACGACCUGAGGCCCAAGCUCAGCUGCCUCUUUGCGGGACCACACAGCACCCUGACCCCACCGUGUUCCCCGCCGGAGGACGGCCUGUGUCCCCACUAGCGCCUGAGGCUGAGGUGGUGCUCCCUGCGGCCACACUAAAACCUCUUUCCAAA